CUCGACCAUAAGGCCGAAACAACCAUGUAACCUGACGUUCCAUUGUGUGUGUGUUUCCCUUGUACAAUAUUGUUAACGUGAUGCGUUCUCGUAAAGCCAUCAUCUACUAUUAUAAUUACAAUUGUUAUCACUAUUACAAAACAAGAGACAGUGGUAAACAUUGAGACGAUUAUACAAGAACGAUGUGUUUGAAUUAGAUAAUUAGACUUAUAAGUGUCGUGUAUGUAUGUGUACUGGUGUAUACCACACCAUUAACAAUGCCUUGUUGCGAUUGUUUUCUUAGUUAGGCACAACCGUUUUAAUUGAUUCACGUAACAUUCGGAAAGUGCUAUUUUAUUAAAAAAUAAAUGGAGGCAAACGAAAAAUUACCAUUAAUUAAUCUGCAAGAGAGAAUAGGAAGCUACUCCAGCAUUGAAGGUAAUAAUGGUGAUAACGUGUUGGUUCGUUUUAAGAACUUGGGAUCCCGGGAUUCCGAUGAAUUGUCCAUCGAGACGUCUAAAAGGUCGUCUCAUUCAAACCGAAUAACUUACACAUGGAGUGAGCUAAAUGUAUUUUCCGAAAGAACAACAUCAUCAAGGUUGCUAUCAUUUCGUCGCACCCAAGAGAACAGAGAAGAUUUAAGGAAACAUCAUAUUUUGAAAAACGUUAAUGGAGUAGCAUAUCCUGGUGAAAUAUUGGCAAUAAUGGGUGCUAGUGGGUCUGGAAAGAGUACAUUACUAAACGCACUCACAUUCCGAACGUCUUCACAACUUUCCGCAUCAGGAUUGAGAUGUCUCAAUGGUGUACCAGUAAAUUCGUCCAUAUUAACUAGUCAGUCUGCAUAUGUACAACAGGAUGACCUUUUUAUUGGGUGUCUUACGGUUAAGGAACAUCUGAUAUUUCAAGCUCUCGUACGAAUGGACAAUCACAUACCUAAGGAACAGAGAAAAAAUAGAGUAGACGAAGUAAUCAAUGAGCUCGGACUGAGAAAUUGCGAGAACACUGCGAUAGGUAUUCCCGGUCGUUUAAAGGGAAUAUCAGGUGGUGAAAUGCGACGGCUCUCGUUCGCCUCGGAAGUUCUCACGGAUCCUUCGUUAAUGUUCUGCGACGAACCAACUUCCGGAUUGGACUCCUUUAUGGCAUUAAACGUGAUGCAAGUGUUAAAAGGACUAGCAAAAAAGGGAAAGACAAUCCUCUGCACUAUUCAUCAGCCAUCAUCAGAUUUAUAUUCCAUGUUUGAUAGUCUUCUAUUCAUGGCAGAAGGGAGAAUUGCUUUUUUGGGAACCCCCGACCAAGCUGAUGUUUUCUUUUCAGAGUAAGAGUCCACUUGUACCAAGAAGUAUGGUACAGACACAUGUACUUCUUCNCUGUUGGCAAUAGAACCGGGCCGAGAGGAGUCCUGUAAACAAGCCAUUACCAUGAUUUGCGACAGAUUCGACCAGUCCGAAAACGGCGUCAAAAUCGCUCUCGAAGCAGCCACUGUGAUUAAAUCAUCGGCUUUUGAUAUUUCGUCUUAUUUUGUCAAUGGAGAAAUGAAAAGGUCUGUUAUUUAUAAAGUUAACUGGUGGAAGCAAUUCACUGCAGUUUUAUGGAGAUCAUGGUUGGGUGUUACUAAGGAACCUCUCAUUAUAAAAGUCAGAAUGCUGCAAAAUUUGCUCAUAGCUUGUGUAACAAGCAUAAUAUUUUUCCAUCAAAGCUACGACGAAGAUGGUGUUACAAAUAUCAACGGAGUGCUGUAUAUAUUCAUAAUCAAUAUGACAUUUCAAAACGUUUUUGCCGUAAUAACGGUAUUUUGUUCAGAAUUGCCUAUAUUCUUGCGAGAAAAUAAAAACGGAAUGUACCGCACGGACGUGUACUUUCUAUGCAAGACCUUGGCAGAAAUGCCCUUAUUUACGUUUAUUCCCGUUAUAUUUACCGGAAUUUGCUAUUUUCUUAUUGGACUGAAUCCGCAGCUGCCGAGGUUCUUUAUUACAGUUGGAACACUUGUUCUCGUUGUUAAUGCCGUUAUUAGUUUUGGUUACCUUAUAUCUUGUGUAUCAUCUUCCACUACAAUGGCACUUUCUUUAGGACCUCCGCUAAUUGUUCCUUUUGUUAUCUUUGGUGGGUUUUUACUAAAUAUAGGAUCUGUUCCUAUAUACAUAAAAUGGUUCUCGUAUAUUUCAUGGUUUCGUUAUGGUAACGAAGCACUUCUUAUAAACCAAUGGAAGGGAGUUGAGAUAAACUGUAUAAAUAAUACUACGACGUGUCCUAAGAAUGGUCAUAUAAUAUUGGAAAUGUAUGGAUUCUCAGAGGAUGAUUUUUCCAUUGAUUUAUAUUCACUUCUGGCACUAGCGGUGGGUUUUCGUGUAUUAGCAUUUUUUGUAUUGUUACUUAAAACAUAUAAAAAUGAGCAAUAAUGAUUUAUACAUAUUAGAAUUCUAUUUAAUAGUUUUUAUUAAUUGAAUACGUAUAAACUACAAACCAAAGACUGUAAGUAGGUCCGUAUAUAUCUUAUACAUGUGCAAGAUUAUACGAUAUACAUUACAUUGCAAUUAACUUAUACUUUUAAAGGGUUCUAGUUAAUAUAUCAUAUACUAAUACAACGAAAAAGGAAUAAUGACUUUUGUAAAAGUAUAACAAAUAAACCUUAUUAAAAAUA